AUGGCGGCAGCUCGUCGCGGCGGUGGUCCUCAGAUCCAACCACCGACUGAAGACUUCUCCAGCCCCUACUAUCUUCAUCCAAGUGAUAAUCCCGACCUUCAGUUGGUGUCUCAACCUCUCAAUGGCUCCAAUUACAUCAAUUGGAGCCGAUCGAUGUCCACUGCUCUUUUAGCUAAGAAUAAAAUUCUUUUUGUCAAUGGAGUUUUACUGAAGCCUACUGAGGAUGAUCUGCUAUAUGCGGCGUGGAUUAGAUGCAAUAGCAUGGUAGUUUCUUGGAUUAUGAACUCCUUAUCACCUCAGAUUUGCUCUAGCAUCAUGUAUCUAGAUGAUGCGAAGGAGAUCUGGUCAGAUCUACGUGACAGCUUUUCUCAAUGUGAUUUUGCUCGUGUGUAUCAGCUCAAGCAGAAAAUUAUGUCUCUUGUUCAAGGAGAUGAUGAUAUCAACUGCUAUUUUACUAAUCUACGAAUAAGUUGGGAUGAGUAUAAACACACUCAACCUAUCUCAUGCUCAUGCUCUCCUAUUGGCAAUGCCUCUGUUCAGUUGCCAAAUGGAGCAACUGUUUCUAUUACACAUAUUGGAAUAGAAGCUUCUCGGGGCAUUGUGAUUGGGAGGGGUAGAAGAUUUGGAAACUUAUACACUCUAGAUGUCAGUUCUGAGAGCAAUGACAAUCAAGGUUCUACCAAAUCUUUAUCCUCUUUAUCUGUUUCUCAGUCUGUUAAUGCCAAUUCUGUGGUUCAUAUUGAUGUGUGGCAUAAGAGGUUAGGGCAUUUAUAUUUUAGCAAGUUGAAAUCCAUGUCUGAAACUCUUCCUUUCUCAAAUAAAAACCAUUCAUUGUGUGAUAUAUGUCCUCUUGCUAAACAACAACACUUGCCUUUCAAUUUGUCUGAAUCUGUUGCUAAUGAGCCCUUUGAUCUCAUCCACUGUGAUGUGUGGGGCCCUUUCCUUCCAAAUACAAAUCAUGGAUAUAAAUACUUCCUCACCAUUAUUGAUGAUACCUCAAGAUUUGUAUGGACUUUCCUUAUGCAAAACAAAUCUGAUGUCCAAGCCAUUCUUGUUCAGUUUUUCAACACUGUCCUUACUCAGUUCACCAGAAAAAUAAAAACUGUCAGAUUUGAUAAUGUACCUUAA